AUGAGGUUGGAGAAGUGCUGGUUUUGCUCGAGCACGGUGUACCCCGGACGCGGCAUCACCUUCGUGCGCAAUGACAGCAAGACGUUCAAGUUCUGCCGCUCGAAGUGCCACAAGAACUUCAAGAUGAAGCGGAACCCGCGGAAAGUCAAGUGGACCAAGGCCUACCGGAAGCUGGCAGGGAAGGAGCUCGCGGAGGACGCGACGUUCGAGCUGGAGCGGAAGCGCAACCGUCCGGUGCGGUACGACCGCGACCUGGUGGGCAAGACGAUUGACGCGAUGCAGCGGGUGGACGAGAUCCGCGAGAAGCGGCAGGCGCGCUACUACGAGACGAGGAUGGCCAAGGCGCGCGGGAUCCAGGUCAAGGCGGACCGCAAGCAGCUCGAGCACGAGAUUCACCUCGUGCGGGCGGCGCAGCCGGAGAAGGAGCAGGAGCGGCUCCGGGAGGCCGUGGAGGAGCUGCAGCGGGAAGAGGGGAUGGAGGAGUAG